AUGGCUGCGUCAACACAACACAACACAACACGGCACGGCACGGCAAAACACAGAACAGCACAGCACAGCACAGCACAGUAUAGCACAAUACAGCACAAAACAGCACAAUUUAGCACAGCACAACACAGCACAGCACAGCACAGCACAAUACAGCACAAUGCAACACAGCACAGCACAACACAAUACGGCACAGCACAGCGCAGCACAACACAAUACGGUACAACACAGCACAUCACAACACAACACAAUACGCCACAGCACAGCACAGCAGAGCACAACACAAUGCUGCACAGCACAGCACAACACAGCAUAAUACGGCACAGCUCAACACAGCACAACACAAUACAGCACAACACACACAACACAGCACAGCAGAGCACAUCACAUCACAACACAGCACAGCACAGCACAACACAGCAUAACAACACAAUACAGCCCAACACAACACAGCACAACACAACACAAUACAGCACAACACAAUACAGCACAACACAGCACAGCACAGCACAGCAGAAUGCAUUACAACAUAGCACAAUACAGCACAACACACCACAACACAACACAAUACAGCACAACACAACACAGCACAACACAGCACAACACAAGACACUCAAUACAACACAGUACAGCACAGCACAGCACAACACAACACAAUACAGCACAGCACAGCACAACACAACACAAUACAAUACAGCACAGCACAGCACAACACAACACAACCCAACACAACACAACACAACAUAA